UUAAGACCAAAACAUGGCCGUAUGGUAAAGGUGGGAAAACUGUGGGGCGGUCUGCGAGCGAUCCUGAAAUAAACACUGACGUGAGUUUUAUGGGAAUUUGAGAAGACCCAUUCUCCAAUUGUGAACCGUCUCCCUUUGGGAAUCGAAAGCUAUUUCUCGUUUUAAUUUCCAGCCAAACGUUUGCAAUAGGCAAACUAAUUGGUUUGCAAUUGGUUAUGGUUUGCUAAGUCGAUGUACGCUUGGAUAUUUCACGUCCUUCUACUAUUGUUUAUUCCCACCUACGCCUCGAACGUUAAUGAUGCCAGACGGUAGUGCUUUUGCAAGUUGAAUGGAUUGUUACCUGUAAUGGACCCCAUUGAACUCACACAAUUUGGGCUGAAACAACUAUUUUAUCAGGUAAAGCAAGGCUUUCCUGAGGUGCCUGAUUCUGUUGUCAAUGAUUGCAUCAGAAAGGCUUGUUACAACAGGCAAGCUGCAGAAGCCCUACUGCAGAGAGAGGCUCCUAAAUAUGGCAGGUUUCCCCUCGUCAAGAAAACAACUCAGGGAAAUCCCAAAAGUCUUUCGGCAGGAAAUUCACCCCUCGACGGUGGACCCAAAUCUCUCACUGACUGCGUGACACCUACCAAAGUUCCUCCAGCACUGCCAGUCACACCACCAGUGGCUGCAGCAGCAGCUGCAUCUUCCGGUCCUAGUCCACCGAUCUACAGCUCGCCACUUUAUCGGCCCGACAUUGAUUUGUCACUGCCUCCUCCAGACAUCUCCAGUGGUCGGGAGACAAAAGCGUCGUCUCAAGUGCAAGUCUUUUGCGAGCAGCCCAGAUCGUCGACGUCAGUCAACGUCAUCCUCCAACCGGCGGCCGACACUCUUCCCUACGUCACCUACUCGUCAGCCUCCACUGACCAUCACAGAGGAUUACACUCGCAGCUACAAAUUACAAUCAGUCCUCAAGGAGGAACAGUAUCGGCCGUUCAGCGAUCUAAUUUACAUUCUCCGUGGCAUUACGGUGCGAUGCCUGUACCUAACCCGGUGAACGGCCUCAGCCAGCAACAGUCGACCUCUUCGUUGAGCUUACCUGAUCAGGCAGAGCACAUCAAAGAGCAAUGCAAACGACGUGAAUCUUUGCGUCGCUCCUUGGAGGAGGACCGCCAACAGUUGAUCCUGUUGCGUCGCAAAGUCGAAAACCUUCAAGAAGAAUUGACGAAAGAAAAACAACUCCUCGACACGAGCGAGAGAAAUAACGUACCCCAACGAUUACCACCAGCGCCACCUAUUGCCCGGAUUCUGCCACAUUAUCCGCAUCAACUCCAGCGCCAACAAGCCGUGAUUGACUUGGAAAACUUGAAAGAUGAAAUGCGCAACUUGGAGGUGGAUUGCCAGCGGAUGUAUCAAGAGCUGGUCACGCGUAACAGCGAAAACCCUAAUCCAUCAACGACUCUGUCUACAGCAUCGACUGGCAGCCCAGCGUUCUUUAACGGAAUGCCGCUGCCAAUAGCCAGUUUGACGGAGGAGGAGGAUGAUGAAUCGGACGGCUGGAACUGCAGCCGUUGCACCUUCCAGAACCACCCGGCGUUGAGCAAGUGUGAGGAAUGCGAAUCGCCACGUCCCGUCUCCAGCCCGCCAUGCGCUCCUUCUUCGUCUAUGGUCACCUCUUCAACGCAAGGGACGAUCCAAGGGUGGGGUGUCUAAAAAGAAAACAACGAAUCGGAUUGGAUUUUAUCUUUGUUUCACGGCAUUUCUUUCUUUACAAAAAAAAAAUAAGAAUUAAAAAAAAAAAAAAAUUAAGUCUCGUCGGACGGCCGUGCGAUUCAUCAUCAGAAUCCCCCCUGAAGGAACCAACGGCCGUUUCUAAAAUAUUAUUAUUUUUUACUUCUCCUUCUGCUCAUUCGUUUCGAUAUUUCAUAUUCUGAAAAAAAAAUUUGCAGUGAAUGAAAGAUUCGUUCAUUGCAUAUCCUCUGUAUCAUCCCUCUCCUUUGAAUUCACGUGUGUACAUAUAUUAUAUACUUAUUGAUCAUUUGCAUACAUCUGCACAUCGUCCGUUAAAACAAAA